AUGGGGGAACAGAACCACUCUCCUGGGAUGGAGCUUCAGCAAAGGACGCGAGCAGAGGCUGCAGGAAAGAAAAGCUGGCACUCUCAGGCCUACGCCCUUGGGGCCAUUUCCAACUUUAUGUCUACUUUUCUGACCUUUCCUAUUUAUAAGGUUGUGUUCCGGCAACAGAUCCAUGCUGUGGCAGUGUCUGAGGCUGUGAGACAGCUUUGGCAUGAAGGCCCUCAAUACUUCUACCGGGGAAUUUACCCCCCUCUUCUCUCCAAGACAUUGCAAGGGACUCUACUGUUUGGGACCUAUGAUAGCCUGCUAGGCUCUCUUUCCCCUGUUGGGCCACACUCCCUGGGACACCGCUGGGCAGCAGGGCUCAUGUCUGGUGUGGUGGAGGCUGUGGCGCUCAGCCCCUUUGAAAGGGUGCAGAAUGUGCUCCAGGAUGGUCGCAAGCAAGCCCGCUUCCCUAGCACCUUCAGCAUCCUCAAGGAAUUCAACUCUUACGGGCCUUGGGGGCGGCUGUCGCUGGGCUACUAUCGGGGUUUCUGGCCUAUCCUCGUCAGGAACAGCCUGGGGAGUGCUCUGUACUUCUCCUUCAAGGAUCCCAUCCAGUACGGGCUGGCAGAACAAGGCCUGCCCUAUUGGGUUCCUGCCUUGGUGUCUGGUAGCAUCAAUGGAACAGUUACCUGCCUACUUCUGUAUCCUCUGAUUGUGCUGGUUGCCAAUAUGCAGUCCCAUAUUGGCUGGCAGAGCAUGCCUAGCCUGUGGGCCUCUGCCCAGGAUGUGUGGGACACUAGGGGCCGAAAGGUGUUCCUGAUCUACCGUGGGGGCUCCCUGGUCAUCCUAAGGUCCAGUGUGACAUGGGGCCUCACAACUGCUAUCCAUGACUUCCUGCAGAGGAGGUCUCACUCCAGGAAAGAGCUGAAAGACUGA